AUGACGAUUAAGUUGGUCAUGGGAGGGUUCACCUUGAGCAUUAUUAGUGCCUACGCGCCGCAAGCGGGUUUGGAUAAGGAGGAAAAGAGGCGCUUUUGGGAGGACUUGGAUGAAGCGGUGGGAAGUAUACCGCCUAAUGAGAAGUUAUUCGUAGGAGGAGAUUUCAAUGGGCACAAUGGGUCUGUUUCGAGGGGUUAUGAUGAUGUACAUGGGGGGUUUGGCUUCCGGGACAGGAACGGAGGAGGAGUCUCACUCCUGGAUUUCGCAAAGGCUUUUGGAUUGGUGGUAGCCAACUCGAGUUUUCCGAAGAAGAAGGAGCACUUAGUAACUUUCCGUAACUCGGCGGCUGCGACGCAGAUAUACUUUUUGCUCCUUAGAAAAGAUGAUAAAGGCCUCUGUAAGGACUGCAAUGUCAUUCCGAGUGAGAAUCUUACGACCCAACAUAAGCUAUUGGUGAUAGAUUUGGAGAUAAAGAGGAAGAAGAAGAAGAGGGUCGUGGAUGAUCGAUCGAGAAUUAGGUGGGGGAGUUUGACUUUGUUUAGUGCCCUAGAGAUGGGGGAGAAAUCGGCGCUGGGGGCGUGGGAUAGUAGGGGGGACGCAACCAAGUGGGAUAGAAAACCAACAGACAGGAAGUAG